UUGAAACCUCUAGAUUCUAUGAUAAAUAAUUGGCCACUGUGACAGAACACAGGUCAUUAAAAUCCAUUCCACUGCAAUAAAUAGGCAGGAGUUCAAACAGUUUUCUGAUAAUUAACAUCAUAGAUUAAAUAGAAAUAUAUUUUCUAUCAUGAAACUUGUCAAAAUGAGAGGGUAUCAACUAUUUACAAUCAUAGGAUAACCACCUAGGCACUCAGCAUCUUGAUGAAAACUGUUGGAAGAGAAAAGCUUUCAGAGUCAUUCUGCUAUCAGAGUACCCAAGCCAACUAAACUGGUACAGUUAACACUUCUGUAAGAGUGAGAAGUGAAGGCCUUGCCUUGGCACAUCCUAUUUCUAAGGAAGGACAAGAAGUUAUUUUCUUCAAUGGCUGGCUCCCAGAAUUUCUGGCUGAAUGUUCUUUGUCAAGUAUAUAUUCCCUUCUCUAGGCCUUUUUAUAUAGAGCCCACAAAUAUCGUCAAUGUGAAUGAUGUCAUUCAGAGGGUUAGCGACCACGCCUCUGCCUUGAACAAGAGAAUUCAUUACUACAGUCGACUCACUGCUCCCACGGACAAUACGCUGGUUGCCCCAGACCAUGUAGUUCCAGCUCCAGAAGAAUGCUAUGUAUACAGCCCUUUAGGUUCUGCUUACAAACUUACAAGUUACACUGAAGGAUAUGGUAAAAACACCAGUUUUGUAACCAUUUUUAUGAUUUGGAAUACCAUGAUGGGAACAUCUAUACUAAGUAUUCCUUGGGGCAUAAAACAGGCUGGAUUUACCACAGGAAUAUGUAUCAUCUUGCUGAUGGGCCUUUUAACACUUUAUUGCUGCUACAGAGUCGUGAAAUCACGGUCUAUGAUAUCAUCAGUGGAUACCACUACCUGGGAAUACCCAGAUGUCUGCAGAUACUAUUUUGGCUCCUUUGGACAGUGGUCGAGCCUCCUUUUCUCCAUGGUGUCUCUCAUUGGGGCAAUGAUAGUCUAUUGGGUGCUUAUGUCUAAUUUUCUCUUUAAUACUGGCAAGUUUAUUUAUAAUUUUUUUCACCACAUUAAUGACACAGAUGCUAUACUGAGUACCAAUGAUAGCAACCCUGUGAUUUGUCCAAGUGCUGGGAGCGGUGGCCAUCCUGACAAUGGCUCUAUGAUCUUCUAUGCCAAUGACACAGAACUCCAACAGUUUGAAGAGUGGUGGAAUAAAUCCAGGACAGUACCCCUCUACCUCAUUGGGCUUCUCCUGCCACUACUCAAUUUCAAAUCUCCUUCAUUUUUUUCAAAAUUUAACAUCCUAGGCACAGUCUCGGUUGUUUAUCUGAUUAUCCUUGUCACCGUGAAGGCAAGUUACUUGGGGUUUCAUUUGGAAUUUCACUGGGUUACACCAACAGAAUUUUUUGUAUCAGAGAUAAGAUUUCAGUUUCCACAGCUGACUGGAGUGCUUACUCUUGCCUUCUUUAUUCAUAAUUGUAUUAUCACACUCUUAAAAAACAACAAGAACCAGGAAAACAAUUUGAGGGACCUGUCCAUUGCUUAUAUGCUGGUGACUUUAACUUAUCUCUAUAUCGGAGUCCUGGUUUUUGCUUCAUUUCCUUCACCACCGUUAUCCAAAGACUGCAUCGAACAGAAUUUUUUGGACAACUUUCCUAGCAGUGACAUCCUGUCCUUCAUUGCAAGGAUAUUCCUGCUGUUCCAGAUGAUGACUGUGUACCCUCUCCUGGGCUACUUGGCUCGGGUCCAGCUGCUGGGUCAUAUCUUCGGUGACAGUUAUCCUAGCAUUUUCCACGUGCUGAUUCUUAACCUGUUUAUUGUGGGAGCUGGAGUGAUAAUGGCCUGUUUCUACCCAAAUAUAGGAGGAAUCAUAAGAUACUCAGGAGCAGCCUGUGGCCUGGCCUUUGUCUUCAUUUACCCAUCCCUCAUCUAUAUAAUUUCUCUCUACCAAGAAGAGCGCCUGACGUGGCCUAAAUUAUUAUUUCAUGUUUUCAUCAUCCUUUUGGGCCUGGGUAACUUGAUUGUUCAGUUUUUUAUGUAAAAUGCUCAACUAACUGUCUUCUCAAAAUCUUUCAUGAUUGUCUUUUCUGAGUAGAAAUGUAUGCCUUCAAGGGGAAAAAAAAAAAAAACAUACUGAGUUUUGCUUUUAGAGAUAUUGGGUGGGUAGGUUUAUUUUGGCUGUCAUAAAAAUUCUCAGGGUAUCAUGGCAAUUAUUGCCAAAUUCUAUUUCAAUUUUUUGAUUUUUUUUUGUUGUUUUUUUUUUUUACUUGUUAGAAUAUGUCUGCCAUUUGCCCAGACUUUUACUGUCUGGGACAGUAAACCAAAUACCUCAUUUGUAAAAAAAUAAUAAUAAAAUAAGUCUCCAUGAUGUCAGUGUUAAUAGAAUGCUUAGUUGUACCCUAAGUUAACCUUGCACAUGAAACUUAGGUGAAGUAUUAAUAAAUGAACUCUAGGAGA